AUGGCACCUCAAUCUUCGCAAUCCUCUGCACCAUCUCCAAGUAUCAAACAGAAACAAGCAAGCAUAUCCAGCUUCUUCUCCCAGAAAUCUGCACCGUCGUCCACGCCUAAAGACUCCGAACGCACCCCGGCCAAUGGAUCCAAGAAAAGGCGAUCGCUGCCAGCCGAGAACGCGGAACCGGAACACCACAAUGCUCCCGGAGCAAACCAUGAUGACGGGGAUGAUGACGAUAUCGUGGCACCAGCACCGAAGCGAACCAAGACCACCGACAGAGAGGCGGAGGAGCCGAUCCGAGUCGCGGCAAGCAUGCACUUGGAGCACACAUCUCAGCCAAGCAGUAGUCAGCGCACCGAUGUAUUCAAAUUCCAGAGCUCUCCUGCUGUAGCUCCAGCUCCUACAGAGGAAACGGAUCCGGAGCAAGAAGAGCGGAAGAACAAGAAGGAGAAACUGCAUCAGCAAUUUGUCCAGAAGCUCGGUGGUCCAGAUUGCCAGGUUGGAAUCGCGAGAAUUGCUGUGAAUGAUGCGGCAAACGCGGAGGCUGAAGCUGUAGAGGCCGAGGAAGACGAGGAGCUCGCACCACCCCCGACUAAAGGCAAGGGUGCGAAGAAGGGUGGGAGCAAGCUCACGCCCAUGGAGAAACAGGUUAUUGAGAUCAAGCGUCAGAACAUGAACACAGUCUUGGUAAUAGAGGUGGGAUAUAAGUUCCGGUUCUUCGGCGAGGAUGCGCGCAUUGCGGCGAAGGAGCUGGGAAUCGUGUGCAUUCCUGGCAAAUUCAGAUUUGAUGAACGUAAGUACAUUCUGCGUGAGAGGACUACCGACGACGUACUAAAACCAGGACCUCUAGAUCCAUCUGAGGCACAUCUGAGUCGGUUCGCUUCAGCUAGUAUUCCGGUGCAUCGAUUGCAUGUACAUGUGAAGCGACUCGUUACAGCCGGCCACAAGGUCGGCGUGGUGCGACAGAUUGAGACCGCUGCGCUUAAGGCUGCGGGUGAUAACCGCAAUGCGCCAUUUGUGCGCAAAUUGACCAACCUAUACACAAAAGGAACCUACAUUGAUGACGCGGAAGGUCUUGAUGGCCCUGCUCCGGCAGCGGGAGGCGCCUCGCCUGCCACUGGGUACAUGCUCUGUAUGACGGAGACCAAUGCCAAGGGCCCUGGGAAUGAUGAGCGCGUCCAUGUGGGAAUUGUUGCUGUGCAGCCUGCUACCGGUGAUGUCAUCUACGAUGACUUCGAGGAUGGCUUCAUGCGUAGUGAGAUCGAAACUCGACUAUUGCACAUUGCUCCCUGCGAGAUUUUGAUUGUCGGGGAGAUGUCUCGGGCCAGUGAAAAGCUCGUGCAACAUUUAUCAGGAAGCAAGAUGAACGUAUUUGGCGAUGCUGUGCGCCUCGAACGGGCCCAGAAAAAGAAGACAUCUGCCGCUGAGGCCCACAGCCAUGUAACGGAGUUCUAUGCGGGAAAGAUGAAGGCCACUGGUUAUGAGGAGGAUACUCAGGCUGCGAGACUGCUUCAGAACGUCCUUGGCCUGCCGGAGCAGGUGACUAUCUGUCUGUCGGCUAUGAUCGACCAUAUGACCGAAUAUGGGCUGGAGCAUGUGUUCGACCUUACGAAAUACUUCCAGCCCUUCUCGGCUCGUUCGCAUAUGCUUUUGAACGGAAACACGUUGGUCAGUUUGGAGAUUUAUCAAAAUCAGACGGAUCACUCGACAAGGGGUAGUCUGUUCUGGACUAUGGAUCGGACGCAGACACGGUUCGGACAACGGAUGUUACGGCAAUGGGUUGGACGGCCUUUGCUGGAUAAAGUGCGCCUCGAAGAGCGAACGAACGCUGUGGAGGAGCUUACUGAUCCUGCACGAGCGGUUCUGACGGAGAGAGUAAGAGGACUGCUUGGUAAAGUCAAGAGUGACCUGGAGAAGAGCUUGAUUCGCAUUUACUAUGGAAAGUGCACACGACCUGAGCUUCUCACCGUCCUGCAAGCAAUGCAGACGAUCGCAAUGGAAUUUGCAGAUAUCAUAUCGCCUGCCCAGACUGGCUUCCAAUCAUCGCUGAUUAGCGAGGCUAUUGCUUCUCUGCCAACGAUCCGAGCAACGGUUGUGAAGUUCCUGGACAAGAUCAAUUUGCACGCCGCACGAACUAACGACAAGUACACCUUCUUCCGCGAAGCAGAGGAGACCGAGGAAAUCGGCGAACAUAAGCUCCAAAUCGGAAUCAUUGAGCACUCCCUCUCAGAACACCGCAAAGAGGCAGCGUCAACUAUAGGGCGAGGCAAAGUCGAAUACUCAACAGUAUCCGGCAUCGAGUACCUGAUCGAGAUUGAAAACAACUCCCCAGCACUCAAGCGCGUACCAGCAUCAUGGGUCAAAGUCAGCGGCACAAAAAGAGUCUCCCGCUUCCACACACCACAAGUCAUCCAAUUCACCCGAGAACGCGACCAACACAAAGAAGCCCUUGCAGCAGCCUGCGACCAAGCAUUCGCAGCCCUCCUAUCCGACAUCGCAGCCCAAUACCAGACCUUCCGAGACUGCGUCCAAUCCCUCGCAACCCUCGACUGCCUCCUCUCUCUCGCAGAAAUAGCCCAGCAACCCGGCUACGUGAAACCAGAAUACACAGACGAAGCAGGCCUCCACAUCGAACAAGGCCGCCACCCAAUGGUCGAGCAACUCCUCACAGACACCUACGUCCCCAACGACACAAACCUCCACCACGACGCCACCCGCGCCCUCCUCGUCACCGGCCCAAACAUGGGCGGCAAAUCCAGCUACGUCCGCCAAGUCGCCCUAAUCGCAAUCAUGGGCCAAAUCGGCUCCUACGUCCCCGCCCUCUCCGCACGUCUAGGUCUCCUAGACGCAGUCUUCACGCGCAUGGGCGCCUUCGAUAACAUGCUCGCCGGCGAAUCAACCUUCAUGGUCGAGCUCUCCGAAACAGCCGAUAUCCUCAAGCAAGCCACGCCUCGCUCGUUGGUUAUUCUCGACGAAUUGGGCCGCGGCACUUCCACCCAUGAUGGUGUUGCUAUUGCGCAGGCCGUGCUGGAUUACAUGGUUCGCUCGAUUCAGUCCCUUACCCUGUUCAUUACGCAUUAUCAGCAUCUCUCGCGCAUGGUGCGUUCUUUCCCAGAUCAUGUGCUUCGCAAUGUUCAUAUGCGGUUUACGGAGACUGGUAAGGGUGAGGCUGGGGAUGAGGAGAUUACGUUCUUGUAUGAGGUUACCGAGGGCGUUGCGCAUCGCAGUUAUGGGUUGAAUGUUGCACGGCUGGCGAACUUGCCGGCGGCUGUUAUUGAUGUGGCGAGGCUGAAGAGUGCGGAGUUGGAGGAGUCUAUAAGGCGGAAGCGGUUGGCUGGGCUUGUCGGGGCUGUUGGGAGGGUUCUUCAGGAUGGUGAGUCUGGUGCUGAUGAUGGGCUCUUGGAUAGACUCAUGGCGAGUGCGGAGCAGCUGUAG